AUGGCAUUAAUCAAAGAAUCUAAUAGCUUCGAACUCCCAAAAUUACUGCAUAAAUCCUCGUUAGUCUCUGAUAGUAGCACACGGGAGAGUUUUGAUGACAUAGAAAGACGUUUUUCGCUGGAUUUCGACUCCGAGAAUUCUGAGGUGAAAUCACCGAGAUUGGCUGAAAAUUUCCCAACUUUAAAUAUAAUACAGCAUUGUCAAAAACAAGGAGUUUGCAAGCCAAUAGACAUGGCUUGAUUGUUUCAACCUCUUACAAGCUCACAGAAAUCAAAAAUUGAAAAUUUAAAUUAUAUGGUAGAUCGGCUUCUAAAUAACCUAGAAGACACAUUUGAAGCAAUCAACGUAAGAGAUGAUUGCUCGCUCAAGCCAAAAUCAGUAGAACUCUCCAAUCCAGACUGCUCUUUUAUAAGCAAAAGACGCUUGACGCUGCCAUGUCACACUUUAAGAGUUUAA